AUGGAACUUAUAACAGCUGAUAAUGUAAAAGAAAAACAUGAAGAAGAAUACAAGCCGACCAUUGAUAGAAGAUUCUUAGAUGACUUGGACGAUAAAGACUGGCACAUAUCACACUUAAAAGAUAUUGAUUUCGAUAUUGAUGGCAAUUGCAACGAAGAAACAUUUGAAAAUAAAGCAAAAAAGUACAGGAAAACUUUAAAAAGUGACGCUGCGUUAGUUGAAUUUGUUUCAGGAGAUGCCCUAAAGGUUAAGAAAGAAGAUUUGACCACAGGUAAAUGUAAAAGGAACAUAACUAAUAUUUUCAAAACAAUGGUAGCUACUACGCCAAUAUCAAAGCUAAAUUCAACAAAAAUUCAACAUGUAAAAGACAGCAAUGAUACGACUUCAGAAGGUGAAGUGAAAACAGCCACAGUGAGUACGAAAGAAUUUGAAUUUGAAGACAAAAGCGUUCCAAAUAACACGAAUAAAAGAAGAAGCGAAUAUCAGUUUAGUUCUGUUGAAUAUUACGAUGGUGAAGUUCAAGAUUUUGAUAAAUCUAUUUGUCCGGAUGCGGUUGAAGUUAUAAUAUUGGAAUUGGAUCAGCUUAGAAAUUAUGAUGUGGAAUGUGAGGCAAUAUUAGAAUGGAGAAGCUUAGAAUAA